GAGUCUUCAGACGGUUGCCACCGAGCGGCUGGUCCCGGGGUGGCCGCUUCCUUCACAACGCGGAAGUGCGAGUCAGUCGAUCCCAGUGAGAGGUGCAGUGAGUGUGGAGUAAAGUCACAAGCGGCGGCUCCGGGGUUCCAAGCUGGCAGCGAUGAAUGAUCUGAAGCGUGAGGCGGCGAGCGGUGACAGCCCGGCCCUAUCAGCUGGAGUUGCCAAAGGCAAGAGGAAAGUGGCCAUCAUCACUGGCAUCACUGGACAGGAUGGCUCGUACUUGGCAGAAUUUCUGUUGCAAAAGGGCUAUGAGGUGCAUGGCAUUAUACGUCGAUCUAGUUCUUUCAACACAGGGCGUAUUGAGCAUUUGUACAAGAAUCCUCACACGCACAUAGAAGGGAAUAUGAGGCUGCACUAUGGGGAUCUCACUGACAGCACAUGCCUAGUUAAGAUCAUUAAUGAAGUGAAGCCCACUGAAAUCUAUAACCUGGGUGCACAGAGCCAUGUUAAAAUCUCCUUUGACCUAGCAGAGUAUACUGCAGAUGUUGAUGGUGUUGGUACCCUGAGACUUCUGGAUGCCAUUAAAACCUGCGGCCUUGUAAAUACAGUGAAGUUCUAUCAAGCUUCCACCAGUGAGCUGUUUGGCAAAGUACAGGAAAUUCCGCAGAAGGAGACUACCCCUUUCUACCCUCGGUCACCAUAUGGGGCAGCCAAGCUUUACGCCUACUGGAUAGUGGUGAACUUCAGGGAGGCUUACAACCUUUUUGCUGUCAAUGGCAUUCUUUUCAAUCAUGAAAGUCCAAGAAGAGGGUCUAAUUUCGUAACUCGGAAAAUUAGUCGGUCGGUGGCUAAGAUUCACCUCAGACAGCUGGAUUGUUUUAGUUUGGGCAAUCUGGAUGCCAAGAGAGAUUGGGGUCAUGCCAAGGACUACAUUGAGGCAAUGUGGUUAAUGGUGCAACAGGAUGAACCAGAGGAUUUCAUCAUAGCUACAGGAGAAGUGCACAGUGUUCGAGAGUUUGUUGAAAAAGCCUUCAAACACAUUGAGAAAACCAUUGUAUGGGAAGGUCAGGGUGAAAAUGAAGUGGGAAAAUGCAAGGAAACAGGCCAAGUCCACGUAAGGGUUGAUCCCAAGUACUACAGACCUACCGAAGUGGAUUUUCUACAAGGAGACAGCACCAAAGCGCUGAAUAAACUGGGAUGGAAACCAAAAGUUGCAUUUGACGAACUGGUGAAGGAGAUGGUGACUGCUGAUAUUGAGCUCAUGAAGACCAAUCCAAAUGCCUGAGGCCGGAUACCAUUCCACACAGCAGAGCCGCAAGACCUCUCUAUGAAACACUGGGUGCAAUGCAAUAAUGACAAAUGAUCGACAUAGUAAAUAAACAAGGAAUACAAUUUAUAAUGUGAUUAUUUUUAAAUUGGGUGUUAAAUGAUGUACUCUUGACACCAAAACAAUACACAUGACUGGGCUAUUUAUCGGUUGGCUGAUGGGAGCAAUAUUUAACAAUGAAAGUGUAUUUCUGUUUUCAGCUGUCUUUAAUAUUGGAAUGAUCACUUUGUAAACGGGUCUGUGUAGGACGGGAGUGUAGCGACGCUUUUGUACGUUUCUGUCUUGAAUAAGGUUCUGUUUUAAAUCCGACGUGUUGCUGAAUCUCUGUCCCAUUAAAAUAUGAAGGUGCAGGUUUCUAACAA